AUAUAUAAUAAAUAUGCUUCUUAAUAAAAAAAAAAAACAAAAACAAAAACAAAACAAAACAAAGCCCCCAAAUGCGCCAACUGAUUUACAAUUGAGGCUUCCACGCACUGUCCCGAUAAAGAAGUCGCAUCGGUCGACUUUAAGCCGGGGUGGCUUUACUUGCCCACCGGCUGGCUAACGGGAAACAGAAGAAAAAUUUAAUUAUGACACCCAAGUUAUCUUUUCGACAUACACCCCUGAUAACUCUAAUUCAAGUUUGCUUAUUCAUAUCUAAACAGUCAUAGUAGCCCUCGGUAAUAUAUUUCGCCCGAUAGCAACCCGGAGAAGCCCCGGACGGACUUAUUUUGUGUGGUCACUGUUUUCGUGGUCAACAAUCAGGCUAGAUGAAUCAGUUUGGGGCACUUUUAAUUGAUAUGAUUUUUUCCAAUUAUAAUUGAUCUCAGUUAAGAAGUUAACCAAAGCUGGGCAAUUCAAUUAUUGGCAGCGAAGUAAGAGCACAACAGUGAACUUCCUUCCCCAGCUCAAGGUCACAGAGGAGACACGAAAAAGUAAAUACUUUUACAGCUUUAUAUAUAUUUGCACCCAGAUAUGCCAAUCAAAUUGACAUUCAAUUCAAUCUGACCCAAUAUUUCAGUGACGGGGGCGAUAAUCGAUAUUUGACCUAGGCCAAUAAAUUCUUCCACCUUACUAAAGUUGGAAGUUGUCUAAUCAACAUUUAAUUUGAUGUUCGAUUCGAACGCUUCGGAGCCAUCAAACAUCAAGGAGAAUGGCAGGGGCUUUUGGGGUUCUAAGCCCCCGUCUAAUCAAGGCAAACACAUCGAAGAAUAGAGUAGGAUUUUUUUUUAGGUAUACCCCCACCCCUUUUGGAACCUCUAUUUCUGUCAGCGACAUUUCUGACAAUUUAUUGAAGACGUAUUCCAAUCAGAGCAAAUCAUGCGAAUAUGGCAAACGGAAUUUAUUACGCCAAGCGUGCAGAGGCCGUAAAAAAUAAAAGGUAAGUGUGAUAUCGUUUGGAUCCAUCUACAACCCGCAGGUACAGCUGUAGUCACGAAAGCAGCAGUUAGCAUUUUGUUUGUUUCAGAUAUAUAAUAUUAAAAUUCGUUUUUGGAGGUGAGCAAGAAUAUAAACAAAGGUGCAACUUUCGUUAUUUUGCUUCUUGAAGUACUGUUAAAUGUAAUUAAUUCUACGGACAAAAACAUUAAAAAUCUAUUCCACAAUCAGCCUUUCAAAAGAAAAUCGUUUGGUUAAUUAUAUAUUUUUUAAUAUUUACUAAUUGAAAAUAAAAUAUAGACCCUUUUGGUGUCUCCUUACAACAAUUUCCAAAACUAUAAAGAAGUAUUCUUGUAAUUGAUUGAUUUUUAAGAUCGGUUAUUAGGUGAAAUAUAUUUUAACCCAGCUCCUAAAAUUUUGAUCUCGUUUGUGUACACCUAUCGUCCUGACAAACACACUUAUCCAAAGGAGCGUAUAACGGUAACGCUACGUUUGUCCUUUGUGGCAAAUAUUUUUUUCCAGCUGCCAACAAGGGGAGUUUGAGUGAAAGGGCAACGGUAUUGGCGUGCACAUUGCAUGCGGCGACAGGUGGGUGGAAGGGAGAGGGCGAGAGGGGUGUGCAGGAGAUAGAUAAGUAAUUCCAUGGAGCAUGCAGCGAUGUCGAUUUGGAAUUCGGAGGCUCCCAGCAUUGAAUUGGUGUUAAGCACGAACCGAACGAAAUGGAAAUGGAAAUGAGAGAACGAGACUGAGAAUGAAAAUCAGCAGUUGUCAUUGUCAUUGGAAUUGGUUGGUGGAAACGGUGGGGCGGGGAGUUUCAGGCUCGAAGGCAAAAAGGGAGAUGAAGACACGCCAUCGAAAGGAGAGUCCACCAGAGUUCCGUUCAUCCAGUUGCCGCUGUUCAGUGCAACUGCUCGGUUCGGAUUCGCUCCUGCUCAUUUUACCGUUAGUCGGUGGAGUUAUCCGCACUUUAUCUGGAUUAUCCGGGAGGCUUUCGUGUGAUUUACCUAAAUUUCAGCGAGUUCUAAGCAUCCACCAUGUCAAAUCAACUAUUUUUCUUGAGUUUGGCGGACAUUUUUUCGGUGUAUCCUGCCAUUUUUAAAGAGCAGAGCAAAAAACUAAAGAAGACCAAGCAGAUAUAUCUUCCGAGCGAUGAAGAGUGGCAGGACAAGAUGUACUACAUGUUAUUGGAGAUCCAGCGACAUGUGAACGAGUCCUCUGAUGAAAACCUAUCCCUUCAUGACAUAAACAAGAAGGAAAAACCUAUGUUCGAUCCGUUGCGCAUCACCAAAAUAUUUUCACCAGGUGUUAGUCCCAAUGGAAGACGCAGUAGGACAUUGAAAUACUGUCAUUCCACCACGGUCAAGGUUAAAUUGAAGUCUGGAGCCCGAUGGACCUUGCCAACUAUUGCCAAUGCUGCCAAGUUGCUCCGAAAACCGCCGAUUUUGGUGGAUUUUCAAAAUGAACAUGAGAUGCGAUUGGCAUUUUCCUUGAUCUAUGAUGUCUUUCGAUACAAAGUUGUUAUGUCGAACGCGUUAAGUGAUGUCUCCUUUUUUGAGCAACAUCCAGAGUACAAAAAUGACGAACAGCGGAUUUGGUUAAUGCUCUUCGAACUUUACGAUCGUCAGUUCAAAGGUCGCAAUUCCGAGGAAAAGGAUCUCCAAGCGAGUCUUUACAAGGAAUCCGAAGUUACAGAACUAGCAGAUGUCCUUUGGCAACAUCGCAUUCGAUUGGCUGCCUCAAUUUCUCGGAUGAGAAUUCGGGUUGGAGCUCUAAAACUUUCCCAAUUGCUUCCGAUUCACCUUCAGAAUGAAAAAGUUGCCAUCGCAGCUGCCAAUCCUGUGGUCACCGGAUGGAUUAAUCCUUUUUUAGUCCGUAAUAAAGAAGAGGCGGACAAGAUCCUACAAGAAAUGGGCUUUACUGUCCACGGACCAGAUGACGAGUUACCGCUUUUGGUGCAGCACUGUAAGUGGGAUAAUAUUUGUCCUCUAGUCAUAUCCUGCAUACCCAAGGACCGCAGCGAAUUUACCAAAUCCGUACUGAUGACUAAGCAUUACUUUAUUAUGCAGGACAAAAACUUUACAUUUGGCCCAGCAAUCAUGUCCAAGCUGAUGGAUUACUUUGAGUUGGAUGGCGAUAUAUUGCAGACCCAUAUAGGUUCACCUCGAUCCACGGCAUAUUUGGCAGCUCUUUUCUACUCCGUGAACCGAGUGAACAACUUCUAUGUUUAUGGAGCUGGGGCAAGUCUGAAGGAAUACCGUCGCUAUAUGGAAUCGAUUGGAGUGAAUAAUAUCCGGCUGUUUGGCGAUGCCUUCACCUCGUUUCCCAUGGAAUCGAAUCGGUUUCGAACGGUUGUGGGCAUCUUUGCCACUCCACCGAACUCCUUUAGUGCCAUUUCGGAUCCCAUCGAUUUGAUUUGUUCGCGUGGCGGAGAUCUCAGUAUGUUGGAGGUGCUCACGGAAUCGGAGGUCAGCGACGAGGGUCGCCAGCGGGUGGCCAUGAUCCUCGAGGAGCAGCUGCUCACCCUCACCAUGUCGAUGUCGCGACCCCAAGUCCAAUUUGUUCUGUACCAAACGCACUCGAUUGUGGGCACUGAAAACGAGGAUAUGGUGCAUUAUGUUCUAGAUCUGAUCAACAAACUGGCUCUGGAGAAACAUCGCAAUGCGUACAAGGAGCAGAAGCGAUUGGAGGCGAUUGCAGAAGCGGAGGCAGCGAAUAUUCCAGCGGCUGCAAUGACCAAGGACUCCCCAAGGAAGAAGGAUAAGCCAUCCCCCCAACCGGAACCUCCAGCUCCAGGAACUCCGGCUUCAACGGCUCCUCCGCUGCCCAGAGUAGAUAGCAUUGAUCUGAUCGUCACCCCAGAUAUCGAUGAAUUUGUGCAGGAUACAGUGCCAGAUAUAUGCAUCAAUCAGGAUAAUUGCAUCAAGCAACAGGUUACAGGAAGCUAUUUAUCCCUUGUUCGAAGGAAAACCUUGACGCAUCUCAACGAGAAGUACCUAAUUCGUCGAGCGGAACAGCGAGGACUCUUUGGCAAGCCCGAAAAGGAUACCAAGGAUAAAGUCAGGCCAAAGACUGUUAAGCUGCAGGAACCGCAAUCGGAGCCAGUUCCCCAGGAUAUGGGCUACGAUCCGAGGAACUCAGCCAAUCGAUCCAGUGCCCAGCAAAUUCUCCAGCGUCUGCAGCGAUCGACGAGCGCCAGUGCGAUCCGUUCGCACCUUACAAAGGUAUCAACGACAUACCGCCGCCCCAUUGCCUUCAAUUUCAUUCGACGCGAGUGCAGGCGGUUCUACGUUCUGCCCGUCUAUAUGCAUAGCACCAAGCAGAGUGUUCGAUUAUGGUGGCAAUAUGCCUAUAAAUGCGUCACUCCCUCCGCUUCAGCCGAUGCCGUGUGGAAUCCGAAUCUGAAGUUUAGGCUGCACUGCAGCCGACAGCUGCGCAUCCGGAAAUUGAAACGUGGUCCCUGGUCCAGGAGGCAGCCACUCCGGUUGCAUAUCAAUGACAUCAAGCUGAUGUGCCAGGUGCGCAGGCGAAGUAAAUGAAUUGUUUAUUAAAACCCAAAGAUGUCUAGACGAAAUUCCUUAAACAGUUCCCAUUUACUUAAGUAGUUCAGUCGAAUUCCUUUUAAUAUUGUGUUUAUAAAAUAAACUUUAAGUAAUCAAGUUACCAUAAUAAUAAUUUAAAAUCAAAGAAAAAAUUCAAGCGCCCAUUUUCUAAUACUAUGAAUAACACCUUAUAAAACCAUUUAUUAAUUAAUAAAAAUAAAAUAUUUUUUUUAUUUCUGAAAUAGUCAACCACCAAAAAAUAGUUUAAAUCAUCAUUUUAUAUUUUUAUACGCACUGUUUAUUUUACCAACUGCAUGAAUUUGUUUGUGAAGGAACAGAAAAUAAAUAUCUUUAUAUUCUAAUGCAUUUUGGGUUAUAAAUAUAACAAAAUGCAAAUUAAAUCUUUUUAAAUUAAAAAAGAACCAAAUUUAACAAGCUAAGGAACUUAAAUGAAAUGCAGGCCAGCAAAAUAAAAUUCCAUUUCGAUUAAUGUACAUGCUUUUGUUUAAAUUUAAAAAUGUUUGAGAAUAUCAAAUUUACUUAAUGAAAU